UGUCAAACAAAAACGAAUAAACUAUAUACAUAAAUCGUGAAUUUUGAGCUUGGCUCAUGUUUAUUUUAGCGCACGUUCGCGCAAAAAAAAUUAGCCUAAUGUAAACUGUAAGAUUUCAGUUUCGUUGUGGAAUACACGAUGACGUGAGUACGUGAUUACGCGAGUGAUUUAUCGUUUGAGUGAAAAUGGGGUGGCUCAGUUGUUGCGAAUGCAAAUCGAAGGAGGAAAAAGUGACCGAGUUGGAUUUUUCGCGAUGCGGUAUCGCGGAGGUGCCCAACGAGGUCUACGCCAACUCUCCAACCCUGGAGGUGUUGCACCUCGAAGGAAAUAAGUUAAAAGAUUUGUCGCCGCAGCUAUUUCAGUGUAUAGAUUUAAGGUACUUAAAUGUUAGUGACAAUGAGAUACGGGCCAUACCACCUCUCAUCUCCAAACUGGCCAAUUUACAAGUAUUAAUAUUUAGCAAGAAUGUUUUGGAAGGAGUACAUCCAAAUUUAGACAAGUUAAGCAAACUAACAAUGUUAGAUCUCAGUAUGAAUGACUUGGGCAAGGUUCCUGAAGCCAUUAUGAGCCUUAUAAACUUACAACAGCUGUGUCUUAAUGAUACAGGAAUUGAUUUUGUCCCAGCCAAUAUUGGAAGAUUGUCUAACUUAAGGGUACUGGAGCUUAGGGACAAUAAUCUAUGCGAACUGCCAAAGUCCAUAAGGCGUCUAACCAACCUCCAAAGAUUGGAUGUUAGUGAUAAUAACCUAACUAAUUUGACUGAAGUGUGUGAAUCACAUGGAAAUUUGACAGAGUUGUGGAUAAAUGGUAACAAUAUAUCCCAGUUAUCCGUGUCUAUAACGCAUUUGAAGAAGAUAAAUGAUUUUGAUGCUUCAUACAAUAAUUUAGAAUCGAUACCAAAAGAAAUAGGGCAUUGGACGAAAAUAACGAAUUUAAUAUUAAGCUUUAAUAAUCUUUUAACAUUACCCAAGGCAGUGGGUAACCUGAGGAACCUGCAAGUAUUAAAGUUGGAGUCGAAUUUUUUAGAAGAAUUGCCUAGUACAAUAAGCAAGUUGUUGAACUUGGAAGAACUGAAUUUACAAAAUAACUCUCUAAUUAAGAUUCCUACGGGUAUAGGGCAUUUAAGGAAGCUAGCCACGCUAAUUUUAUCGGACAAUAAACUGAAGAAUCUACCGGCCGAAAUCGGCAGCUGCACAGCUUUAACGAUUCUCAAUGUGCACAACAACCAAUUGAAACGUCUUCCGGACGAGGUAGGUCACUUACAGAGUCUGACAACACUAGGUCUAAUAGGAAAUCAUCUUACAUACCUACCCAUAACCAUAUCAAAACUAUCGAACCUCAAGGCCUUAUGGCUUACCCCCAAUCAAACGCAACCCCUGAUUCAUCUGCAAAACGAACAGCUAAUCGACGGCCAGGUAGUUCUCACCUCAGUAGUAUUUCCGCAAGCCCCAUGCAAAGACGCCAUCACCCAAGCCACCUCCAACGUGCAAAUGCCCAUAGCAAAUCAUUCAUGCCACAUAAGCUUUAACACGACCCCGGAACGCCACGAGACCGAGGUGACCGGGGCCAAUAUAUCAUUAAGCCGCACCCCGACGCCGCAUCAUAAAGAGUUGAAGAGACUGCGUGAAAUACUGCGCAACACCAAUGUUCCAGAAAGCCAAAUGGCCAACGUAUCGCAGAUCAAGGAGGCCAAAGUGACGCACAUCGCUGGCGAUAUCGACGUGUCGCAGCUGAGUCUGAACGGCGGGAACGGCAGCGAUCGGGACUCGACCAAGACUCCGCCCAAGCAGCCUCCGCCCUAUCACAUCGCCGCAGCGUACUCCAAGAACGCGCACCUGUUUGCGCAGCACAAUCCGCCUAGUCCGCACGAUCAACCGAAGCAGUUCAGCCAGCAGCAGCCGUCCAACAUCCACAUGCCCACCCCCAAAUUGCCCAAUAAUCACGUACCGACGCUACAAAUUGCGGAUAACACCUCGAGGUAUACCAACAGUCCCGAGGACGGGGUGCAAAUAUCCGCCAAUCAUAAGCACGUCAAGUGGCCGUUCGGCACACACAAAGUCUGUCAGGUUUUGGAAGUGGAAUUGCCGGAUGAUAGGACCAACUUCGAUUUUCAUAUUGCCACCAAAAAUGAUGGUAUAUACAUAGAGGAUGUUCAUAGUCAAGGGGCUGCCUACCAAAAAUUGAUUGAAGGUGAUAAAAUAUUGGCCUUUGAUGAUAUGGAUUAUUCUGUAUUGGAUCCAAUAUCAGCAUAUCAGGAUGCUUGUCGCAAACUAAACACUGUUAAACAUGUUACUGUUUCUAGAAAGUAAGCCACUUAAAUGAAUAGUAUUAUCUAAUUUUUGAAAAAGUGAUGAUUGGUAAAAAAUCGAUAUUUUUGUUAGAUUUAUAUAAAUAUUUAAGGAAAUCAAUGUGUCAUAUGAU